CCCCACAACUAUGACGAUAAUAUUGGAAAAAAACUGACUAAUUUCUUCAUCAUUUCCACCACCCUUCAUUUGUAGUAUUAAGCAAUUUUUUUUCUAGCAUUUCAUUUCCAAAUCCUCGUUGCGAGGGGCUGGAGAUGAAUAAAAUGCCUAGAGGAUCAUCACCAUCACCACCACAACCCUUUGUUUCAUUAACAUCGUCUUCAAUAAUGAAUAACAUCCUCGUGGCAUUUAUUUGCCUCGUUGUCCUCGGCCCCUCUAGUGUAAUUCCAGUUUCUGCACAAUCAGAUUCUACUGCCCCUGCAAAAUCUUUUCCAGCAUUCACACCAUCAGAUAAUUAUCUUAUUAAUUGUGGAUCGUCUUCUCCUACCACCCUACCAGGAAAUCGCGUGUUUCAGCCAGAUGAAAGCAGUAAUAAAUAUUUAUCCUAUAGCGGACGUGACAGUCAUAUAUCUGCGCCUGAUAACAAAAAUUCACCUUCACCUAUAUAUAACAGCGCGAAAAUAUUCAAUAGUGACGCUACUUAUACAUUUCAUGUGAAUAAUCCUGGCUUGCAUUGGAUUCGCCUUCAUUUUUUCCCUUUGCAAAAUGGUGAAUUUAAUCUCCACACCGCGAAAUUCUCUGUUUCAACAGAAUCAUUAGUUCUCUUGCGUGACUACACAAUGGAGAAAAAUGAAGCAGCUAUGAAAGAAUAUCUUGUAAAUGUCACAACAGAACGUUAUGACAUCAAAUUUUCGCCUUCAGAAGGUUCAAUUGCAUUCGCCAACGCCAUUGAAUUUGUCACUGCACCAGCCAAGUUACUUGACUAUUCUGUCCCUCUCCUUUUCCCUGUCUCGCAAAAAUUUGACCUUACCAAAAGUAAUUUCGUAACCGCCUAUAGGCUUAAUGUUGGAGGUUCAUACCUUGAUGCAUCAAAUGACACUUUAGGGAGAAAUUGGUUAUCUGAUGGACCAUUCCGAAAUAAUGCCACAGGACAGGCAGUUUCUGUUCAACCUUCUGUGAUUCAAUAUCCAACUGCAGGGGGAUCGCCUCUAAUUGCGCCUCCCACAGUGUACAGUUCUGCAGUAAAAAUGGCUGAUUCAGAAACUGUCAUUCCAAAUUUCAACAUAUCGUGGACGAUGGAUAUUGAUACCUCGUAUACACAUCUCGUUCGCCUUCACUUCUGUGAUAUCAUUAGCAAAUCACUCAAUGAACUGUAUUUCAACGUGUACAUUAAUGAUAAGAUGGCAAUUUCCGGGCUAGACUUGUCAUCUUUGACACAGCGGUUGUCCACAGCUUUUUACAAGGACUUUGUGAUAGAUUCCGCUUCUGCAGCUAAUCCUCUUAGUGUAAAGGUUUCACCGGUGAACGAUGUCCAAGGAUUCAAGAAUGCUAUUCUGAAUGGUCUUGAGGUUUUCCGGAUGAAUAAUUCUUUGGGUAGUCUUGAUGGAGAAUAUGGUAUGGAUGGAAAGAAGAGUAGUGGUCCAAGCAGAACAGUGGCUUAUGUUGGUUUUGCUAUGAUGUUUGGAGCGUUUGUGGGAUUGGGUGCUAUUGCGUUCAAGUGGCAAAAAAGGCCUCAGGAUUGGCAAAAAAGGAACAGUUUCUCCUCUUGGUUGCUUCCACUUCAUGCUGGAGAUACAAGCUUUAUGGCGGGAAGCAAGGCUUCAAUGUCCCGCAAGAGCCAAUUUUUCAAUUCAACCACGGGGCUAGGCCGUUACUUUUCAUUUGCUGAGCUGUCAGACUCCACCAACAAUUGGGAUCCGAAUGCCAUAAUUGGUGUUGGUGGCUUUGGCAAUGUCUAUUAUGGAGAAAUCGAUGAUGGAACAAAAGUAGCUGUCAAGAGAGGCAAUCCACAAUCUGAGCAAGGCAUCAAUGAGUUCCAGACUGAAAUUCAGAUGUUAUCUAAGCUCAGACAUCGCCAUCUGGUGUCGUUGAUUGGUUAUUGUGACGAAAACACAGAGAUGAUAUUGGUUUAUGAGUUCAUGCAAAAUGGCCCCUUUAGAGAUCAUCUCUACGGCAAGGACAUGCCACCUUUGACAUGGAAGCAAAGGCUAGAAAUCUGCAUUGGCUCUGCUCGUGGGCUUCAUUACCUCCAUACCGGUGCAUCUACAGCAAUUAUCCACAGAGAUGUCAAAACCACCAACAUUCUUCUUGAUGAGAACUUAGUCGCUAAAAUGGCUGACUUUGGGCUAUCAAAAGAUUGCCUUGCCAACGAAACUCACGUAAGCACAGCUGUGAAGGGAAGUUUUGGGUACCUGGAUCCUGAGUACUUCCGCAAGCAGCAGCUAACAGACAAGUCUGAUGUGUACUCAUUUGGAGUGGUCCUUCUAGAGGCCUUAUGCGCUCGUCCUGCCAUUAAUCCAGCACUUCCAAGAGAACAAGUGAAUUUAGCAGAAUGGGCAAUGCAAUGGAAGAAAAAAGGGUUGCUGGACAAAAUCAUUGAUCCUACUCUUGUGGGACAAAUUAACCUAGAGUCGAUGAAGAAAUUCGCUGAAGCAGCAGAAAAGUGUUUGGCAGAAUAUGGUUCUGACAGACCUAGCAUGGGUGAUGUGCUGUGGAACCUGGAAUAUGCUUUGCAGCUCCAAGAAGCCUCAUUACAAGGGAAGGUUGAAGAAGAAAACAAAGCAGCUUCUGCCCAAACCUCUCCUGCUACAGUUGCCCCUACUCCUCCUUUGACUCCUGACAACAGGCCAGUUUCUUCACCUGAGCAGACAAGAAAUCCUGCUGAAACUCAAACAAUUGAUGAUCAUUCAGGAACUGCAAUGUUUGCUCAAUUUGCUGAACUUAACGGGCGAUGAUUCCCACAAUCGCUUUGACAGAGAUGAUAAUACAGAAAUCUCAAUUGGUAUGUCCCAUAUAAAUUAUAUGUAUACGCAGUUGAAGCCAGCUCUUUUACUGAUGACUUUUCUGCUGUUUUUCUUUUUGGAGUUCCUCUUCCAAGAAUGAGUCACAAUAGCUGGAGGUUAUCUUUUUGAUUGUUUUGUAUGCUGGAUAUGUGCAAAUGGAAAAAAAAAAUUACGAAUUAAAUAAUAAUGUACUAAUGUAUAUAUACAUCAUAGUUUCUUUUGCUCUUUU